CCUCCGCCAACCUCGAGCUGUCAGUCAGCGCGGAGAGCCCAGCCGGAAACGCUGGAGCGGAGCUAACACCAGCGCACAGCUAUUCUUCGCGACUGGUCUCUCUUUCUCUCUAGAAGGAUUGACUGAUACGCAAUAUUUCGCGGCUCAUAGGCGAUUUCGGAGGUUCUGGAUUUGAGAGAAUAGUAAUAGUCCACGCAUAACCUCGGGAUAGUUCAUUCUUGGGUGUGCUGGCCGCUUGGCAAAUGGGUUCGAUGGAUAGCAUGUCAUUAGGGGAGCGCCGCAGUGACUGACUUCAGCCGGGCUGGACCAUCUGUAGUCUGGGAGUUGCGUGGAGCACAGGCUCUACAAUUGGACGUAUUUAUCGGGAAUUUAAAUCGAAUCUAAAGGCUCACUGUUGUGUUGUCAUCUUUUUGUGAGUCAGGUAGGAAGAGGAUAGAGUGUUUGGCAUGUUGCUAGCCUUGCGUUAACUGCUAAGUUAUUGGAGGUGUUGGUUUGGUCACAGCUGGGGAAUCGGAGGGGAAGGAAGGGGAGACUGAUGAUGAGGGAAGUGUUGCACCAGCGAGAUAGCGAUUAACACACCAAGUUGGACAGUGAAUUCUAUUAAUAUUACAACAUCGUACGGCUUUUCUCCAUCUCUUUGCUCCCCGCAAGGUUGGGCGCUAGUUACCGUUUCAAGCUUAGAGUAGACUGCUAUCUAGGUUUACUGGUGGCUCACAAGCUAGCAUAAGUUUGCAAGCUAUGUUAGCCAGCUAGCUAAACGUAAAUGACAGUGAACUGAGAGGCGGUCAGGACUCCGACAGCCUGCUUUGUAACGAGUUUUCACUGUGAUCGUGAGUCAGUUAUUAUAGCAAACAUGUCGAUGGCUGCCACGGCUGGCAGCAUUGCUGCAUCUUUUGCGAGCAAAACAAAAACUAAAAAGAAACAUUUCGUGGCCCAGAAAGUGAAGCUGUUCCGUGCCAGCGACCCUUUGCUGAGCGUUCUUAUGUGGGGUGUUAACCAUUCGAUAAACGAGCUGAGCCACAUCCAGAUCCCCAUCAUGCUGAUGCCGGACGACUUCAAGGCCUACUCCAAGAUUAAAGUGGACAACCACCUGUUCAACAAGGAGAACAUGCCAAGUCACUUUAAAUUUAAGGAGUAUUGUCCGCUGGUGUUUCGUAACCUGAGAGAGCGCUUUGGCAUCGAUGACCAGGACUUCCAGAAUUCUCUGACGCGGAGCGCGCCUCUGACCAGCGACGCCCAGGGCCGCAGCGGCGCGCGCUUCCACACCUCUUACGACAAGAGGUACGUCGUCAAGACCAUCAGCAGCGAGGACGUGGCCGAGAUGCACAACAUCCUCAAGAAGUACCACCAGUUCAUAGUGGAGUGCCAUGGCAACACCCUCCUCCCCCAGUUCCUGGGAAUGUACCGCCUGACGGUGGACGGCGACGAGACCUACAUGAUUGUCACACGCAACGUCUUCAGCCACAGGCUAUCAGUGUAUAAGAAGUACGACCUGAAGGGUUCCACUGUUGCCAGGGAGGCCAGUGACAAGGAGAAGGCCAAGGAACUGCCCACCUACAAAGACAACGACUUCAUCAACGAUAGACAAAAGAUCUACAUCGACGAAGACAAUAAGAAGAUGUUCCUCGAGAAGCUACGAAAAGAUGUUGAGUUCCUGGCGCAGCUGAAGCUGAUGGACUACAGCCUGCUGGUGGGGAUCCACGACGUGGAGCGGGCGGAGCUGGAGGAGGUGGAGAGCGAGGACAACGAGGAGGACGAGGGCGAGAGCGACGGCGGCGUGGGCACCCCACCGGACAGCCCCAGCAACACGCUGGACAGCAGCAAGCCGCUCUCGCCCGGAGAGUUUGACCCCACCAUCGACGUCUACGCCAUCAAGAGUCAUGACGCUGCCCCAAGGAAGGAAGUGUAUUUUAUGGCAGUCAUCGACAUUCUGACGCAUUACGAUGCCAAGAAGAAGGCAGCCCAUGCAGCCAAAACAGUUAAACACGGAGCUGGAGCGGUGAUCUCCACGGUCAACCCUGAGCAGUACUCCAAGCGGUUCUACGACUUCAUCACCGGAAUCCUGCCCUAGCUGGGCUGCCUGCCUCCCAGGCCUCCCGAGGGGAAGAGGGGGGGUUAUGGGGGGGGGGGG